AUGAAUAAAAUCGUAGUCAUUAGUGUUGAUACAUUAUAUAUCAAAAUAGGAAUAGCAGGAAAAAAUCAUCAUGCUGUAAAAUUUAAAAAUCCGGAUAAUAACACUCUUAUCAUUCAAAAUGCAUUUAUAAAAGUUUUUCGUGACAUUCUUCACAAGCUACCUAAAGAUUCAAGUAUAACUUUGGUAGAAGAGACAUUCUGUUCAAUGAAAAAUAAGAAAAAUUUUUGUGAUAUUCUAUUAAAGGAAUUGGAAUGCCGAUAUAUCAAUUUCUUCCCUAGCUGUUUAAUGUCAUGCUUUGCCGCAGGGAUAGAGAAUGGUAUUGUUGUAGAAAUAGAACAAGAUUACGCGGCAUACAUUCCUAUUGCCAAUUACAGAAUACUAGACCAACAUAUUGUUAUGUCAAAAUUGACGCUAAAUACUCCAAGUAAUAAAGAUGAGGAUUUAGACCCCCAGAAUCUUUCCAAAUUCUUUGCCAUCGAUGAUGCAAAUGAAGAUGAUUUUGAUACCGAUGAAUUACCGAUGAACUUAGCCCUUCAUAAAAUUAAAAGAUUAAUACCUGUUGACUUACGCAAGAUUUUGGCUGAAAAUAUCAUUGUUGUAGGAUCAGCUGUAAAAAACAAACAUUUUGAAACUCAAUUGAAAGCAUUACUAUUAUCCUUAAACAUGAGAUAUGUUCCAUCAACAGGACCAUGGGUAGGCGGUUCUCUUUACUCUGAUAAACUUUCGGAUUCAAUAACAAGCUGUGAAUGUCUUAUUACGUAUGAUGAUUAUUGCCUUUCAUCUUUACCAACUACAAUCCCAGAUUGGUUUGAUAAGAAAUUUACUUCUUAA